AUGCUAAGGAUUAGCGCAGGUCACACGACUAUAGCUCAAGCGCGCCUCAAGUCCGCUCGAGCGCCUGGGUUUGUGCAAAUUCCACCUCUCUGCCUCUCGAGCACCUCAUGUGACUGCUCAAGUGCUAGAGGUGUCACAUCCCGGGAUCGGCUCCGCCGUAGCAUGGUAUUGUCCGCUUUGGGCCCCCAUCUCUGCCCUCACGGUUUUGUUUCUGGAAGCUCACGAGCAAUUUCCCAGUGGGUCACCCAUCUUGGGAUUGCUUUAGCUUCAACUCGCUUAAUUUCGGAGUUCUCAUGA